CACACAGAGCUGAGAUCCACGGGCACCGCUCACCACUUCGCCUACCUCCUCAACACGUCCGACUACCGGAUCCUGCGCAUGGACGAGGACCAUGACCGCAUGUACGUCGGCAGCAAGGACCACAUCCUGUCCCUGGACCUCCAUGACAUCAACAAGGAGCCGCAUAUUAUCCACUGGCCGGUGUCUGAACGGAGACGGAUGGAGUGCCUCGUGAGCGGGAAGGACGCCAAUGAGGAGUGUGCAAACUUUAUCCGCCUGGUGGAGCCGUGGAACCGGACUCAGCUGUACAUCUGUGGGACUGGAGCCUACAACCCGGUCUGCACCUUCGUCAACCGCGGACGCAAACCUCAGACGUCCAUGUAUCUGCAGAUGGCCCAGGCCAGAGGAAGGGCUAGCCGCGCAGCUGAAUCCAUCGCGGUGCACGAGACACUCGGACUCAAGGAAGAAAUCUUUCAUUUGGAGCCGGGCAAAGUGGAAUCUGGGAAAGGAAAGUGCUCCUACGACCCGAAUCUCAACAGCGUGUCAACUUUGAUCAAUGGUGAACUGUACGCCGGCGUCUAUGUUGACUUUAUGGGGACGGACUCUGCCAUCUUCCGUACGCUGGGGACAAAGACCGCCAUGCGAACGGAUCAGUACAACUCCAGAUGGCUCAACGACCCCACUUUCAUUCACGUUCACCUCAUCCCCGACAGCGCGGAGAGAAACGACGACAAGCUGUAUUUCUUCUUCCGGGAGAAGUCCUCCGAGAUGGGCCAGAGUCCCGUGACCCAGUCCCGUAUAGGACGCAUCUGCCUGAAUGAUGACGGAGGCCACUGCUGUCUGGUCAACAAGUGGAGCACCUUCCUGAAGGCCCGGCUCAUCUGCUCGGUGCCGGGCGCCGACGGCAUGGAGACGCACUUCGAUGAGCUCCGAGAUGUUUACAUCCAGCCAACACAGGACACAAAGAAUCCCGUGAUAUACGGCGUCUUCUCCGUCUCUGGCUCCGUCUUCAAAGGCUCAGCAGUGUGUGUCUACUCCAUGGCUGACAUCCGCAUGGUCUUCAACGGACCAUUCGCCCACAAGGAGGGUCCCAAUUACCAGUGGGUGGCCUACUCCGGGAAGAUCCCCUACCCCCGACCCGGCACGUGCCCCGGGGGUACGUUCACCCCGAACAUGAAGUCCACGAAGGACUAUCCAGAUGAAGUGAUUAACUUCAUGAGGAAUCACCCCGCCAUGUACAACGCCGUGUACCCGGUACACAAGCGCCCCCUGGUGGUUCGGACCAAUGUGGACUAUGAGUUCACCACCAUCACUGUGGACCAAGUGACAGCUGCAGACGGCAACUAUGAAGUGCUCUUCUUAGGAACGGACAAGGGAACAGUACAGAAAGUCAUCGUUCUGCCCAGAGAUGACCUGCAGACGGAGGAGCUGGUCCUUGAGGAGGUAGAGGUUUUCAAGGUCCCGACUCCAAUUACGACGAUGAAGAUCUCAUCCAAAAGACAACAGCUGUACGUGUCCUCUGCCACCGGGCUGACCCAGCUGGCCCUCCACCGGUGUGACGUGUACGGCGAGGCCUGCGCCGACUGCUGUCUGGCCAGAGACCCUUACUGCGCCUGGGACGGCAAGUCCUGCUCGCGGUACUCCGCCUCGCAGAAGAGGUCUGACCCCUUUAGACGUAGCCGGCGGCAGGACGUCAAGUACGGGAACCCCAUCCGCCAAUGCCGAGGCUUCAACUCUAACACCAAUAAGAACACUCUGGAGAUGGUGCAGUACGGGGUGGAGGGGAGCAGCACCUUCCUGGAGUGUCAGGCCCGCUCUCCACACGCUCUCCUCAAAUGGCAUCUGCAGAGAGAUAACAGCGACCGCAGGAAAGAGAUGCGCUCCGACGGUCGCAUUCUGAAGACGGAGCAGGGUCUCCUGCUGCGGUCUCUGCAGCCCUCUGACUCCGGCAUGUACCAAUGCACGGCCACGGAGAAGAACUUCAAACACACGCUGGUCAAGCUGCAGUUGGUGGUGCUGUCGAGCCGGGCCGUCAACAACGUGCUGGUGGAGGGCGGAGGAGGGCUGGCGCUGUCCUCCGCGCACUCCAGCAGCACCCAGUGGACCCCCAGCACGGGCCAGUACAAGGACCUGCUGACCAUCCUGAGCCAGCCGGAGAUGAGCCUGAUCAAUCAGUACUGCCAGGACUACUGGCAGUUCGGAGACCCGCUGCUGGGCGCCCUCAAGGCCAAAGACCUGAAGGAGCUCAAGGAGCAGAAGAAGCCUCGCAACCGCCGGCAUCACGGGGAGGGGGAAGAGGAAGAGGAAGAGGAGGAGGAGGUAGAGACAUGAGGAGCCCAGUUUUGUGUGUGAAACACCCUCAACCCCCCCCCCCACCCCCCAC